AUGUCACAAAAGCGGGCAUCCUCUUCAUCAAAGGAGAAGAAAGAAGUCCAGGCGCCGCGGCCGAGUUCAAGCAUCCUCCUCCUCUCGCCGACGAACCAGGUCCUGCUGCUCCACCGGGUGAAGACGUCUACAUCGUUCGCCUCCGCGCAUGUCUUUCCCGGAGGGAACUUGGACGCGUUCCACGACGGGGAGGUGCCUGCGCCCGAGGCGAGGGGGAGGCACGAGGACGGGCCGGCGUAUCGGCUUGGUGCGAUUCGGGAGUGUUUUGAGGAGACGGGGAUUCUGCUUGCGAUGAAGAAGGGCGCGGCGGCGGGGGAUGAGUCUGCGCUGGUGAACUUGUCGUCUGCGGAUAGGGAUGUUGCGAGGAAGCGGAUUCAUGGGAAUGAGGUGAGGUUUGGGGAAUGGGUUGAGAGUGUCGGGGGUGUUCCGGACGUUGAUCGUUUAAUGCCCUUCACGAGAUGGGUUACCCCGACCAACGUCCCGAAACGCUUCACAACGCAAAUGUACAUCUACAUGCUCCCGCACUCCGCCUCAACAGGCGCCGAGGCCGCGGAGCACGAGAUCAUCGUCCCGACGCCGGACGGGGGCGUGGAGCACACGGCCGCCAAGUUCGACGACGCCUCCGUAUGGCUCUCCCGCGCCGACAAGGGCGAGAUCAUCCUCUUUCCGCCGCAGUAUUACCUGCUCUUCCUCGUCGCGCAGUUCUGCAAGGGCUCUUCGAGUGGGGCCGGUGUCGAGCACUUCGCGGCGCAGCGGGAGCAGCUGAAGGAAUUCCUGAAGCGCAUCCCGACGGCCGAGUCGGAGGCAGCGAGGAAGCAGCCCACGUCGGAGAUCCCCUGGGCGGACAAGGUCAUGAGCCCGCAUAACCUGUUCAUCCGCGAGGAGGACAACCGCGUUGUGCUCGGGAUCGAUAAGCCGGGGCCGGAGCUCAAGGGUUCGGGGCGCGGGGGAGACUGGGAGAGGGUCGUUUUGGUUAAGUUCACGCGCGAGGGCCCGCGCAAGGUCGAGGUUCGGGGGCGGGAGGAGGUCUUGAGGGAGGAGAAGGAGGAGAAGAGGGCGAGAGAGGAGUCGGAGAAGUCGAAGAUCUAA